AUAAUCUAGUAGACGGGACGCUCCUUCAACAACAACAGCUAAUCAGACACCUCGGUAGUUUUCUAGCAAACAUAGCUCCAACAUUCACGCUCUUUACACUGUUUUGGUGUAUAUUAGUCGCUGUGUAUUAAACACACUUCUGUCGUAUGUACUUGUUGGCCCGUUUAAUUAUAUAUGUACGUUGUUUGUCAGCUAGCUGGCUUAGAACUAGGCUAGUCGCUAAUGCUAGCAAGCUAACAUCCCCGACCAUGAGUUCACUAAGUUACUCUCCUCCUGCUAAAGAAGAGGUGGUCUGCUGGACGGAGAAAGAAGUUCUCGUUAAAGAGGAAGAGGAAGCUGUCACACUACAAAAACAAGUAGAGGGUGAGGCUGUUACCGUGAAAGAAGAAGAGAAAGACGUUUCAGUGAACGAAAAGGAAGAUGCGUUCAGAGUGAAAGAGGAGGAGGAUGUUACAGUAAAAGAAGAGGAAGAGAAAGAGGAGGGGGAUGCCGUUUUUGGAGUGAAAGAGGAGGAGAUUACUGUCACAUUGGAGGAAGAAGAGGAGGUUGGAGAUUUGUUUAACACCAGAGAGAGACGGGACAAUCGUGGAUCCUUUGUGGAGCCUCAACAACAUGAUGCUGACGAGGCAGAGAAAAGUCUCUCCACAUCAGAACACCUCAAGAAACACCAGCAGAGACCCACAGGGAAUAAGUCUCACCACUGCUCUGACUGUGGGAAAAGAUUCAACUCUUCAGUAAAACUUAAAAUACAUCAAAGAAUUCACACUGGAGAGAAACCUUUUGGCUGUGAGCAAUGUGGGAAGAGUUUUAGUCGGCUACAAACCCUGAAAUCACACCAGAGAAUACACACUGGUGAGAAACCUUAUAGCUGUAAUCAGUGUGCGAAGAGUUUUACUCAGCUAAACAGCCUGAUAGUACACCAGCGGACACACACAGGAGAAAAAUCUUAUAGCUGUAGUCAAUGUGGGAGGAGUUUUUCUACAUCUAGCUAUCUAACUAUACACCAGAGAACACACACAGGAGAGAAACCAUAUAGCUGUAAUCAAUGUGGGAAGAGUUUUACUCAGCUAAACAGCCUGAUAGUACACCAGCGGACACACACAGGAGAGAAACCUUUUGGCUGUGAUCAAUGUGGAAAGAGUUUUGGUACAUCUGGCUGCCUGAAUACACACCAGAGAACACACACAGGAGAGAAACCUUAUACCUGUGAUCAAUGUGGAAAGAGUUUUGGUACAUCUGGCUCCCUGAAUACACAUCAGAGAACACAUACAGGAGAGAAGUCUUAUAGCUGUAGUCAGUGUGGGAAGAGUUUUACUCAGCUAAAUAGCCUGAUAGUACACCAGCGGACACACUCAGGAGAGAAACCUUAUAGCUGUGAACAAUGUGGGAAGAGUUUUACUACAUCUAGCCAGCUGACUAUACACCAGAGAACACACACAGGAGAGAAAUCUUAUAGCUGUGAUCAAUGUGGGAAGAGUUUUACUACAUCUAGCCAGCUGACUAUACACCAGAGAACACACACAGGACAUAAUCUUUAUAGUUGUACUCAAUGUGCGAAGAGUUUUUCUACAUCUAGCUAUCUAACUAUACACCAGAGAACACACACAGGAGAGAAACCAUUUAGUUGUAAUCAAUGUGGGAGGAGUUUUACUUGGCUAAACAGCCUGGUAUCACACCAGAGAACACACACAGGAGAGAAACCUCACAGCUGUAAUCAAUGUGGGAAGAGAUACUCUGAUAAAAGAUCUCUGACUAAACAUCAGAAAAUACAUUGAGUUGUUUCAUGAUAUCAAUGAAAUAAUGUAGAAUGUUUUUAAUAUUGUGGAAGUAUUUUAUUAACGUCAAUGUAGAAUGUUUUAACAUUGUAGUAGGAGAUAAAAUGUAAAAUAUGUACAAAAUGUAGCUAGGUGUUUUCUACAAGUUGUCCUCUAACCAGUGAUGUACACAUUACUCCCAGAUUCCGUGUAGCUUUUGAGCUGUUAGUUUUAACAGGACAUGCAACCUCAUCUCCCUCCUCUUGGCACAAUUGAUUUCAACAUGAUAUCGAUGAGUGAUGACAAAUAAGUAUUGCUUUCCUUUGUUUAGCGACCCCUACAUUUAAAUGCAUCACUCCAAAAUGUAGCUGACUGUCUUCUGCAGGUUGUCCUCUAACCAGUGAGGUAAAAUAUAUCUCCCAUUUCCAUGCUUUUUUAGUUGUGUUAGUUUCAACAGCACCUACAACCUGAUCCCCCCCCCCCCCCCUAAUUGAUAUCAGUGAUUUAUUGCUACUUGUCAAAACAACAGCGUUUUUGGUGCUUGUGCAGUUUAUAAGGUGCUUUCAAAAAUAAAUACAAGUUAUAUGAUUCUUGUGGCAGAUGUUUUUAUGUAAAUAGCACAUGUUAUGUUUAGGUUUUCAAUUAAUCACAAACUUCUUCUGCAUUUGGACAGGUUAAAACUGAUAUUGGGGGUAUCCCACCUUGCAAAAUGUCACUGAAAGUAAGAUAUGCCCAAUGUACAAUAUAAGUUUGGUUUUAGUUGAAAAUAUAUAUUUUUUAUUUCAACAUACUUGCAGCCUAUACACAUGGACGCAGUAUAAUAAAUUGAUCUAUAAUCCAUUUUAUUAACAAUCCUAAUAAAUUGAGUAAUAAAUAUAGGAUAUAUUUGUUGUCUUAAGGGGGAAGGUGUUACAGGCUUUGGUUUUUCCAUUUAUGUUUUGAGGUUGGACUUUAGCACUAGGGCGUACUGAUUGGUGUCACCUCAUUAGUCAGUAUGUGUUACACCUGUGCUGGCUUGUCCAUCUCGUUAGUGGGAAGGUGUUUCACCUGAGCUGGUCCAGGUUCUAUUUAAGAGUGUCUGGCCCAGUGCUCCAGUUGUCUUGAUAGAUGUGGAGAGUCAACUGGAGAGUCAACACCUUUAGUUGUGCCACUUCCUGUCUUUUGGUGUGGGUUUGUCUUUUUUUGGCAUUUCCUUAGGGUGCCCGUUAGUCUUCUGUUUGUUGUGUACUAAAUAUAUAUAUAGAUUUUUACUGUGAAGCCAUUGUGUUGCAUCCAUGUCUGAAAUGUGCUGUAUAAAUAAAGCUUGAUUUGAG